AUGCCUAGACUGGAAGAUUCUCUGACUCUGGAAUCUCUGACUCUAGAUACUGCUAACGAACCUCCACCUAUCCAACCUCCGGCUCCUAUCCCUGCUCCUAGGGAGACUGUUCCUUCAGCUCCUCUUCCAGAUUCUUCUCCUUCUAAAGCUGAUCCUCCCUUGACAGUGGCCGUUUCCAAAGGCUCUACCCUGGCUCCAAAUUUCCCUCCUCCUACCACCUGCUCUCGGACUGCUAAAUUGCCUGAUUCCAGCCAUCCAAACCCUUCCUUUGCUAGAGGUGGAAGGGAAGUACGCAUUUCUGUUGGCAGAAGUCCAGUGGCUUCCACAAGAGAUGAAAUGUGGUCUGAGGGAUGGCAGGGAUGGUAUGACUACAAGCGACUUCCACGAAAACAAGCGCCUCCUUGGAACCAUCCCAGUGAUGGCAACCGUAGAUUAAUUAACGUUGUGCCAAACAGACUGCCUCUGGGAGACAAGAGAUCAUCUCUGCUAGCCAGACCCGAUGAAGGAGGCUAUAGUAGAUACUACUGUCACGUGGAUUACCAAAAAUGGGAUGAAGGCCGCUGUUUUUCUCAGAAUCCAAGAAGUGGCCCACCCUACAAAAGAGGCCCUUAUGGCUACCGAUGGUCAAGAGAUGAGUAUGCCACAAGCCGACAGCCUGAAUACAAGGCCUUGAGAAACGGCUUUAGAAGAAAACGUUUCUAUUCUUCCCAUUAUUCAAGACAACGAUCUCCCCAUAAAUGGGGCGCUCCUUUUUUGAGAGAAUCACGUGUGGGCGGGAAGGACUCCCUACCCAGCAUAUUUGGCUCCAGUCUCAGCAGUAGAAGCAGGAUGCGCUCCUUCCAUCAGUCUCGACAUCGAUGUAAAGAGAGAGCCAUUCAGUUUUUGAAAACAUCAAGAGAUACUGUGCCUUCAGGUUCUUCAUCCAAGGUGUUAAAAAGCCCCAGCCGGCUGACUGAGAAGGAACAGGCUGAUGCUGCAAGCAAGUGGGCUAAUGAAAAUCCCAAGAAGUCAGAAGAAAAUCACUUGGCUGAAAUUUCCGAGUUUGAGACGGGAUCCAAGGCACCGUUAUGUAUCAACCAGACAGAAGAACCCGAGUCCAACACAAGAGCCGGCACAGAACUGUGCGAAGACAGCCAGCUUAGCAGUCGCUCAAAAGUGAUUGCAUCAAAAAUCACGGAGAUUGAGAAGGUUUACCGACAAGUCUGUGAAACUUUCGGGAUGGUGGUGGAAAGGCUGGUUGAAAAGGAUCGUUCCUUAGAAAAAUCUAUACAGUUUGCAAUGAAGCAGAGUUUGCAUGAAAUAGGUGAGCAACAUGUUGAAGAACUCAAGCAUUUCAUUAUGGAGUACGAUAAUUCUACUCAAGAUUUUGGAGACCCUUUAUAG